GAAGUGGUGGACAGGGGUGCCCUCUCGCGUGGAAGGUCGCACGGUUGAGGCACACCAGGACUCGUGGAGGAUCGCCACAUUGUGCGCGCUGCCCGGCUGCCACUGCUGCACAUCUAAGCCACCUUGGGUAAAGCCAGCACAGAGGCCCCAGAGCCAGCCAACACGAUGCAGCCGCCCGCGCCGCCGCCCGCGCCAGCCGCGCCGCCACCCGACGCGGUCGCCAGCCCAGUGCAGAACCCGCUCGCGGCGCCGCGCGACGGCCCCGAGCCCGUCGCGUACGUGUCGCUCGUGCCCGGCGCGGCCGCGUCGCGGGACGGCUACUUCGCCGUCGCCACGGCGUACAGCGCGCCCGAGGACGCCAAAAUAAGGGAGCUGUCCACGCUGACAUUACGGCUCACCAUCAUCUCACUCGCGGUCACGCUGCUGUUCUGGCUCGUCGUGUUCGCUGUUAAUGUUGCGGCGAACCCGCGCGAGGCGGGCUGGGCGCUGUUCCAAUUGCUGGUGAACGGCGCGCUGUACUGCUACGUGGCCUGGGUCGGCGUCCACGGCGUGCGCACGAAAAACGCGGCCUGCUGCGCGAACGCGGAUGGCGGCGGCUGCUGCUGCGAGCACGCGCCCGGCUAUUUGACCGUCUUCUUCAGCAUCAACGUCUUCCUGGCGACGUUGUUUGGGUUGUAUCUGGUGACGUCGCUCAUCAUCCAAAUGUGGGUCGGGGUGGCGAUCUACGUGGUCCUGUUCGCCCUGGCCGCGGCGACGGCCUGGGCGUCGUCGCGGCUCAUGUCCGAGAUCGCCGCCUCCGAUGUUGGGAGAGCGCCCGCGAUCGAGCUCGCGCGCGUGCCGCGGCUGCAGCAGCAGCAGCAGCCGAUCCCCGUCGUCGCCGCCGUGCCCCUCGACUCGCCCGCGCCCGCUCCAUCAACGCGCGAGGAGCCGCUGAAGGCGGACGUGGCGCGGGGGGCGGAGGCGGUCUAACAUGUGGUUUUCUUUG